AUGGGUUCCGUUGCUUCUGACACACCCAUCGAGACUCGCCUUUUCAUCAAUGGCGAGUUCGUACCCUCCAAGUCCGGAAAGACCUUCGAGGUCAAGAACCCCGCCACCUUGAAGCACGUCGCCCACGUUUCCGAAGCCAGCGUCGAAGACGUUGACAUCGCCGUCGAAGCAGCCAAGGCCGCUUUCCCAGCAUGGAGUGCCCUCGCUGCCAUGGAAAGACAGGGCUGGCUUUACAAGCUCGCCGAUGCCUUUGACGCCGAGCUCUCCGAGAUCUCUCGUCUUGAGGCCCUGAGCAUGGGCAAGCCUACGUACCAGGACGUCAGUGCCAUGGGAACUGCUAUCAUGCGCUAUCAGGUUGGUAAGGCAUACGACAUUCAGGGCGAAACUUCAUUGCAUACCCCUGGGUUCGUCAAUAUGACUUUUCGACAGCCGUUUGGCGUCACUGCAGGCAUCAUCCCCUGGAACGUGACGUGGCUCAUGCUGAUAAUGAAGAUGACACCUGCGCUCGUCUCAGGUAACACCAUGGUCCUCAAGACGUCAGAAAAAUCGCCCCUAUCGCCCCUCAUUGCGGGCAAGGCCAUGAAGAAGAUCGGCUUCCCCAAGGGUGUCUUCAACAUUGUGCAUGGCUUUGGGCGUCCCACCGGCGAGGCCCUCUCGAAACACAUGGAAAUCCGCAAACUCUCCUUCACCGGCUCCGCCCCAACCGGCCGCCUCAUCAAGAAGGCCGCCGCCGAGUCCAACCUCAAAAACGUCACCCUCGAGCUUGGCGGCAAAUCACCACUCCUAAUCUUCCCGGACGCCGACCUCUCCAAAGCCGUCCCCGCCGCCGCCUACUCCAUCCUCAUGAACAGCGGCCAAGCCUGCAUCGCCUCCUCCCGCGUCUACGUCCACGAAAGCAUCGCCCAAGACUUCAUCACCCAAAUGAAAACCGCCAUGCAAUCCAUGGGCAAAUCCGGCGAUCCCCUAGCAGAAGGCACCCUCCGCGGCCCCCAAGCAGACCAACUCCAAUUCGACCGCGUCCUCUCCUUCCUCGACCACGCCAAAGAGCAAAAAGUCCCCACUGCCCUCGGCGGCUCCAAAGAGUCCAACACAGGAGGCCUCUACAUCGAACCCACAAUCUUCACUUCCGUCCCCGAAGAUUCAAAGCUGAUGCGCGAGGAGAUCUUUGGGCCGGUAGUCUGCAUUAAUACUUUCACUGACGAGGCCGAGGUCCUGAAACGCGCUAACGAUACGGAAUACGGGCUUUAUGGCAGCGUUUUCACACGGGACGUGUCCCGGGCGCUGCGCAUUGCGAAGAGUUUGGAAGCCGGGACUAUUGGGAUCAAUUGCACGAGCCGACUAUUAGUCUUGAUAUGCCGUUUGGCGGGUUCAAGCAGAGUGGGGAGGGGAGGGAAGGGAGCAAGCAUGUCUUUGAUCAUUGGACUGAGUUGA